GACGACAGAUUCUUAAUUUUUACUGAGAUUCGCUCAAUUAAACGUGUGCCUACGACGAAACUGAUUUAUUUCAGAUAAGUAAAGGUAGACAGUAGUUACAAAACUUCCUGAGAUGUUCCUUUUUAAUAAAUUCCGUUCGAUGCUUCCUAAAAAAUGUUAGGCGGGUCGAAUUAGUAUAUUUUAACUUUUGGGGCAAAGUACUGUCAAUUAACUUACUAAGAAGAAAUUGAAAUCCCGACAUAAAGGGGCGUAAUUAUAGUACAGUAUUAGCGUGUAGAAUUCCUUUAGUAUUGUAAAAGUUCAGUGCAGUGUGAAAUUUGCAAACAAAAUCCGCAGUCUCGGAAAGAACUCGUUCGGCGUUCUGCACCGGAUCAAGACAGUUUUCAUCGGUAUAGAGGACAGGAUGGGAAUAAUACAUUCAUCAAAAUCAUACGAUCUCCCUUACAUCCCAGAUAAUAAGCCACAACCCAGCGGCGGAAAGUCAUCUGAGUUGACUGACCUUCAGAUUGAAUUGAUCCAUGGCUCCUGGGAAAAAGUCAAACCAAAUAAGAAGUACCAUGGUGAACGGUUAUUUCAUAAGUUAUUUAAUGUGGCACCUCACUUGCAGGAGCUAUUUCCAUUCGGCAGCGACUUAACAAAUCCUAUGUUCACUAUGCAUGCCUUGAAUGUCAUGAACACGCUAGACCUUGCAGUACAACACUUGGAUAAACUGGACAUACUCAUACCUAAGCUAAAAGAACUUGGACAGAUGCACGCAGCAUUUGAACUUACAGAAGUGGAAUUUCAGUAUGUUGGUGAGUCUCUCAUAUGGGUUCUAGAGACAGGCCUGGGAGAUGACUUCACACCAAAGUUAAAGAAAGCCUGGUGUGAUGCCUUUGCAAUCAUCACUAGUGUUAUGUUGGGUGCCAUUAAAGAUAUCAAUGGCUAGUGAAAGACAUCUACAACAUCGAAUCUAAGUAGUUCAUCAGAUUAGGAUCCAUUUUAUGUGAUUAAAAGACAAAUACUCAGCCCAAGAGAUAACUGACAGCAUAAUAAAAUUUUGCAUAUUAAACAUAUCAAAGUGUCAAAAUCCCUGACUCAGAGUGAUUUUUUUCAUUUGAGAAUUUGGGAGUUUAAAGAAGUUGAAACUUCAUGUAAGUUGAACCAUAGUCAAGAAAUCACAUAUUAAGUAAUUGAAAAAAAAAAAUACAAGGACACCUUUGAUUUUUCAAACGUUCAACUUCUAAAAUUUUACAAAAAAACUGUUACAAACAUAUCGCUUUAAAUAUUAGUAUUAAGAAAACAGUAAGAACUUCUUAACUGCAAUACUUUAAGAAUAAUACAUAGAACAAAUCAUUUUGUUCUUUUUUUUGAAAAAGUGUACUUUUUUACUGUCUCUCAUUAUUGUUAUUCUACACUGAGAAAAAUGUGACAAACAGUCUUCUUUGUGUUUAUCUGAACAGCACAGAAAAGACAUACUAUUUCACAAAUGGUUGAAAGUACACAUGUAUCACAUACAACAUACUGUGAUGUGCUUAUGUACAAGAAAGGAACCAUAACAAUUCUAUUUACAAGUAAUUUAGAACUGGUUAGUUAACAGUAGUUUUAUACAGAUAGCAUCUGAAAAAAAGAUAGAAAAUACUUUACAGAAACAUUCAUACUUCUACUGAGUACAUUUGUGGGAAAUGUAAUGAAAUUCAAGGUUUCUAUCAAAUUUUUAGGUGUCAUAAUAAACAAAACUUUUCUAGGCUCAAAU